CGAUCGGCGCGUAUCCCAGCGGACGAUGGCCGCCACGGACAUGUUCGUCGUUUUGUUGUUGGUCGUCGCGCUGCUGUCAACCGCGCGGCAGACAGGUGUCCGUCCGGCCGACGUCCGUGACCGAACGCAGAACGUCUCGUUGUCGGACGCUUUUCCGGCGGACAACGGCACGGCGUCGUCGGACGCCGCCAUAGACGUGCAGUACACCUCGUGCAAAGUCAUCACCGACCGUAUCGUCGCCACGGCCGAGGGAAAGUUUUCGCGCUUUUGUCGCGGCAUUUGCAACAUAAGUAUACGCACUUGUAUAAUAUUAUUAUUAUAGGUAGUCCAGUAGUGUAUUGGAGGGUGUACCUGGGAUUCAUAUUUUUGGAUUUAUGCGUAUACCUAUCAGGAAGUUCGUUGAUUAUUGGUGUACGCCAACUAAAAAUAUGUGUAAUAUUAAAGGUAUACGUGAGGUUUUUAAUUAACCAUAAAACUGUAAAAAAAAAAAAAUCAAGGCGUACAUAUUUUGCACGAUAGGUGGGCCACUGUUGUAGGUGAGAAGUUGGGAAGCUAGAAUAUAAAGGGGAAUUUAAUAUAUAUCCGUAAUGGUUAAUUAUUGCUAUCGAAUAAUUAUUCUGACCGGAUUUCUAUUAUAUACGUGUUUUAAAAAGCCAUAAUAUUUACGAUUUUCGUCAAAAUUUGAUACUGAAAUUCAUAUAAAACAAAUUUUUAUUACAUUUAAUUUUUUUUUUUUUUUUUGGUCCAAGAGUACGACUUAUAUUGAACCUUCUGUUAAAUUUUCAUGCAUUUCUGUUUGGGCUAACCAUUUUAGAGUAUCUACCUGUAAAUACACAUUGCGUAGAAAUUCGCAAAAUUAAAAUGUCUAUAAAUAGCAGAAAAAUGGUUAAAAUGUUUAGACAAUUUUACCACGUCUAUAAAGAAAAAUAUAGGUUUUGUCCAAAUUUCAAGUUUAUAUAAGCGUUUUUAAAUGAAUCGCAAUAAAAAACCAAAUUAAAAAUAAUGGAUUUCGUAAAUUUUUCCGUUUUUCUACCUUUUAUUCCGGUUUUCACAACUAUUUUGAAAACUGUUCAAAAAAUCAAAGAAAUAACUUGAAUAAAGUACUGCUAAGAUAAAGUUUCCUUUCAAAAAAGGUACUACACAUAAAAAUCGUGUAAGAAUUCUAGUAGAAAACUAUUGUACAGACAAUAAAAUAAACAUCAUUGUUAAACCAAUACAUUCUUCGUUCUUUUAGGAUCUAACAUAAUUAACAAUUUUUAUUUUAUUAUAUAGGUAGUCAGUCCCAAAAUAGAACAGAUCAAUAGUCAAACUAGUCAAAAUAGUCAAGUUUAAAAUGUAGAUCUUCAUAGCGGAUUUCCCACUGAACCUUAAUUUACACCGUUUAUCUAGUUCGAUAGAAUAUUAUUAAAAUGUAAUUUUGGUUUAAAUUUCAAAAAAAAAAUUCAUAAUUAUAUAAUUAUACAUACCAUUUGUUAGAAACUAAGAAAAUUGAUUACAAAACUAUUAUAAAAUAAAUUACCAAUAUAAAAUUUCACCACAUUUAGGUGUGUAUACCCAUACAUUUAUUUACCGAUACAUGCGUUUUAUUAGUAAUCCAAAACACUCCCCUUAUGUAAACUUAAAAGGGGAAUAUCUCAUUAACGGAUUGACGAAAAUCAAAAAAUGUUGAUACCGAAAUUUUUUUAAAGCAAUACUCCAUCUAUUUAUGGAAUUUUUUUAUAUAGGUUCUGGUUUGAAAAACCAAAGUUGUUAUAAAAUCAAUACAUUUCUCACUGCGCUCCGAAUCUAAAUGUAUACAUAUACGUAUAUUAACUAGAAUCAAGAAUGCACGAAUUUUAACGAUUUUAACUAUCGGUAAAAAAAACUAUUCUUCUAGAUACGGCUUUGUCCAGUGGCGUGGCCAUCGGGCAGGCCUGGUAGGCCCGUGCCUACCCCAUUUUCUCCGAAAAUCAACACAAUUUUAAAAUCUAAAAUUUAUAUUGGUAUUCUUUCCCAUUCAAACAUUUAUAUUAUUUUAUCUGCAGGCUUACCCAGGAAAACAUUUCUAGCUACGCAAUCUGUGCAAAAUUACCUGUAACGUUUUAAGCGCAAAAACUCUUAUUUACAAUGUAGAUUUUUAUUGGCCCCUAACCGAUUAUCGAUUUGACGGUUUUUUGAGUUUACGAUAUUUUUACUGACAAAUUGAAUUUCAGCCGAGACCAACGCAAAACUACACCGGAUCGAGACUUUGUUGACGGCAGACGCGGAACACAUGAAAAGUCGACUGUACAAUUUGGAACGGACGUUAUUCGACGGCAACAACGUGAUAAGGCGUUCGGAUAUACAGUGAGCAUAUUAUUAUUAGAAUAUUAAUUAUUAUAAACAAUUCGAUUUCCGACCGUAUACCUGCGAAUUAAUAAUCGAACAUAAUUUAUUCGUUAUUUUCCCCUUAUUAUUUUAUAGUGAGAGCGGCGGCGGCGGUGGCCAGCAGCCGUUAUUGGCGGCCGGUGAUACGGGCAGACUCCGGGAGAUCGGCACGUACAACGGUACGGUGUUCGCGGCAACGGACGGCGGCGGACGACCGGUGGGACGCGCGACAUCGUCUGCGUUCGUCUACUACUGGCGCGUGGACGCUUUCUGGCGGCUCACGUUCGCGGACGGUGGCAGCGGCGGCCGCGCCCGCAGUCCGCCGUUUUACGUGUCGCCUCGCAGCUAUCGGAUCGCGCUGACUGUACACUCGGACCCGGCGGCCGGCACCGUCCGCGUGGCCGCCGUAAACGCCGCCGGCGAGUACGACGCCGGGCUCCGGUGGCCGUUCGCACACCGCAUCCGGCUCAGCGUGCUCGACCAAACGGACGUCGGGCCCGAGGACAUCGUGUCCCGCGUCUGGGACGACGUCCGGUGCGGCGUCCCCGCAUCGACACCGCCCGCUGCCCCGAAUCAACUGCGUCUCGACGACGUAUGCGCCUCGAUGGAGUUCCGGCACGGCGUGCUCACGCACAGGCGUUACGCUGCCGGCGACGCUCUGCUCGUCAAACUAACCGUGUUCUUGCAGUAGCCCACCGCCUAAGAGUGGCGAUUCGGUAGCAUUUUCAAACUCGUUUUGUUUGUCGCGCCCAUGCUAAAAUUCCUUCGCCAUUUCCGUACGCUUAUACAGUAUACUGUACAUAUCUAAACGUCAUACACUCCAGUUUUAAUUAUUUUGUUUUUAACAUUAAAUUUCGCUGACACCAAUGUCCCAUCGUUUUAUUACCCGCGUAUAGGUUUCAAUAUAAUUAUUGUCAGUUGAUGUUAUUCGAAAUUCUUAUAUCGAGAAACAUAUUAUAUUUUCAACAAUCCGCACGCAUAGAUUAUAGUAUAGGUUGCGCAUUAGUAUAUUCAACCGAUCGACAAUUGGUGAGUGGGUAUCUGGUAAAAAUAUCACUUUUUACACCUUUUUGUAACACCGAUAUUUCACCGACAUCCAACAACGAUCGCUGUUCUAUAACAAAACGACUGUACACGAUUACUGAAUUUCCAGUUCGUUAUACAAAGCUCGAUAAUCGUUUUAUAAAGAAAUAUUGACUUUCGGUCGGUUUCUUGUGCCUACGUACGAAAAAUUAAUUUGUGUAACACAUGAAAUGUUAGUAAAUUUUUUUCUUUUUCAUUAUCAUAAGCCUCGCAUUGCCGAU